AUGGCAUCCAAACUGACUCUCCAGUCUACCCGCCGAAUGCUAUCGGGUCAUGAGAUCCCCGCUAUUGGCUAUGGGGUUUACAUGAUCAAUCCAUCUUCCACCGAGAAGGCCACCGCAGAGGCCCUUAAAGUGGGAUUCCGCCAUAUCGACUCAGCGAUCAUGUAUCGCAACGAGAAAGGCUGCGGCCGCGCGAUCCAGAACUCGGGACUCGACCGAUCUGAGAUCUUUCUGACGACGAAGAUUCCUCCGGGAUCAAUGGGUUACGAACAGACCAAACGAGCUGUCAGCUCUAGUCUACGAGAAGUAGGACAGGAUUAUUUCGAUCUGAUUCUCAUUCAUGCACCAUACGGCGGAAAGACCGCACGACUGGGCGCAUGGGAAGCUCUCGUCGAAGCCCAGAAAGCCGGCAAGGUGAGAUCGAUCGGAGUUUCUAACUAUGGAAUCCACCACCUUGAAGAGCUGGAGGCGUAUAUUCAGAACGGAGGCGGGGGCGAAAUAUCCGUCGGCCAGUAUGAGCUGCAUCCCUGGUUGGACCAUUCAGAUAUCAUUGAAUGGUUGCAGAAACGCAAGAUCAUCGUUGAGGCAUAUUCGCCUCUCGCUCACGGAGAGCGACUUGAUGAGCCUGUACUGCAGACAAUCGGGAAGAAGUAUAACAAGUCGCCGGCCCAGGUGAUGAUUAGAUGGAGUUUGCAGAUGGGCUUACUGCCGUUGCCCAAGUCGGUCACGCCCCAUCGUAUCCGGGAGAACACAGAGGUGUUUGACUUUGAACUAUCAGCGGAAGAUAUGGAUUUGCUGGACACGGGGGAGUAUUGUCCGACAGACUGGGAUCCGACAGUCGAUGAGGAUUAG